AUGCCUCGUACAUUAUCUAUCUUUCACAACCCACGUUGCAGCAAAUCUCGCAACGCACUAGCUUAUCUUGAAGAAAACAAAGAUAAAUACGAUUAUCAAGUGCAAACUAUCCUGUAUCAAAAGGAGGCCAUGACGCGAGACCAAUUAAUUCAGUUGGUAGAGUAUCUAGGCUUGAAUAAAGACAACGAUGAUAGCGCAUGGAAGAUCUUGCUCAGACCAGAAGCUCAACAGCUCGUUUCCUCUUGGGAUGAAACACUGGAUCUCUUGGUCGAGGAACCCAAGUACCUUGAACGCCCCUUUGUCGUUGAUUUUGAGCAUAAAAAGGCUGCUUUAGGCAGACCCAACCUCACUGAUGUGGAGGCACUUGUCCGUGACUAA